AACCUUUUUUUUAUUCUAUGUAUUAUUAUUAUUCCUUGGCAUUUGUCAUCUUUUUCUCCAUACUUCUCUCUCUGAGUACUCUCUGCAGCUUUAAUUCCUUGGAAUUUGCAUAAUAUAUUCAAGCCAGGAGUUCAGGAAUAACUUACCAAAAUUGUAAGAAGGGUGGAGGCCAUACGUUGCUUGUAGUUCUGAUGGCAGUGCAUAGCAGCAAUAUAGCAACCGUCCUCGAAUCUGAAGGAGUUGAGUUCCUUCUAUCCGGCGACACAAGGGUACCGUUGUUGUCAUGUAAUGGGAAGACAGUGUGCCUCUACUUCUCUGCAAAUUGGUGUCGGCCUUGCAAGGCUCUUACCCCGCAGCUGGUGCGACUUUAUGAAGUGCUUAGAUUGGAAGGAAAAGAGUUUGAGAUAAUCUUCAUAUCCUUCGACCGCGAUGAGGAAAAGUUCAAUGAACACUUCAAGUGCAUGCCGUGGCUGGCAGUGCCAUUCGAUGCUAAUCUUCAUAAAAGAUUGAGUGACAUGUACUGCAUAGAUCGCAUCCCAUCACUCAUUUCAUUAAGUUCAGAUGGAAUAUCAAUUGAGGAAGACUUGGUUGGAUUAAUUGAAGACUAUGGAGCUGAUGCAUUUCCAUUCACUAACAAGAGAAGAGAAGAGCUAAAGGCUGCCGAUGAAGCAAAGCGUGAGGGGGGAAAAAUCGAAGAGUUGUUGACGCAUCAAGGACGAAACCAUGUCUUGUCUAGUGAUGGCAGAGAGAUACAGGUGUCUGAACUUGUUGGUAAGACAGUAGGCCUUUACUUUGGUGCACAUUGGAGCCCUCCUUGCCGUGCUUUUACUUCCAAACUCAUAGAAGCAUACAAAGAGCUCAUGACCUCCGGUGAUCAAGGCUUCGAAAUCAUCCUAGUCUCCACAGACCGAGACCUCAAAGAGUUUGAACUCAACACUAGUAGCAUGCCAUGGCUUGCCAUACCCUACCAGGACAAAACAAGACAAGACCUUUGUAGAAUCUUCGACAUCAAAGUGAUUCCGGCUCUGGUUCUGAUAGGACCGAAUGGGAAGGCGAUUAGCAAAAAUGGGAAGGCCAUGGUCUCCUUAUACGGUGCCAAGGCCUUCCCGUUCACGGAAGCGAGGAUCACAGAGCUCGAAGCAGAAUUGAGAAAAGAAGGAGAGGCAUUGCCUCCUCAAUUGAAGGACUUGAAGCAUAAACAUUUGCUUAAGUUGGAGAUGGCCAAAGCAUUUGUGUGUGAUUAUUGCCAAAAACAGGGGAGGUUUUGGGCAUUUUCUUGCGGUGUUUGUGAUUACGAUCUUCAUCCAAACUGCGUAGAAAAAUCAUUGUAAAAAUGGGUUUAAGAACUAUGAAAUUUGGAUAUUCUCAAAGGUACUGUAAAAUAUUUGUAUUAUAAUAAAAAAUUUGAAAGGUGUGUACUUCUA